AUGCAUCGCGAAAAUGGACAAGUGGAGCGCUAUACCCGUACUCUACUAAACAUGCUUCGCACUGCCGUCAAUCAUCGGAAGAGCGAAUGGGCUAAAGAACUGUGGCAAUUGCAAUUUAUUCUGAACCUGACGAAACAGAAGACCACACAGACUUCUGCCCUGAAUCAUUUGAUUGGUCAUGACAGUGCAACGCCGGGGAACUCUGGAAUGUGCUUGCCUUUGAAGGAAGAGGUACUCUGUGUGUGCCUGCUUCUGGAGAAGGCAGUACCCUGUAUGUGCCUGCUUUCGGAGAAGAGGGCACCCUGUGUGUGCUCGCUUUCAAAGAUAGAGGUACCUUGUGAAGCCUUUCCGCUUAUCGGCGAGCCGUUGGGGCAGUACACAUUAACGAAAAUAGAAAAAAGAUAUGGUGGAAUGCACGAAAUCAACGUUUGCACUAAUAUUGCUCUUAGAGGUCUGGCGUCAUCUAUCAUUUAUCAUACUCAAGAUAAAUUUUAUCAGUUAAAACUACUGAAUGGAUCUAUAGCCCUUAUCAAAAUCUCUAUAAAAACUACCGAUAAGCAUAUUGUACCACUGACGUCAUUUGGCAGUGUUCUUGGCACGGCUGCCAACUGGUGUAGAUUCGAUUCCGUUCGAGUGUAA